CUCUCCUGUCUUCGAGGUCAAGGCCAUUCUCGCAGGUCUGUGCAGACACUACUUUCUCAUCCCAAUCAACUUCUCUGUGGCCUCUCGACAAAGUCGCCCAUCAUGGCUCUCCCUCCAAAAUGGUAUCAGUUCCUCGUCGGCGUCUUCGCCUCGCUUGGCUCAUACCUGUACGGCUACGACCUGGGUGUCAUCGCAGAGGUCGUGGCCAGCAGCACCUUCAAGGCCAAGUUUGCGGCAGAUGAUACGCAAACAGGCCUGGUCGUCUCCAUGUUCACAACCGGGGCGUUCUUCGGCGCGGCUCUGGCGGGACCCAGUGGUGACUAUCUCGGCCGUCGAUGGACCAUUGUCCUGGGAGCCGUGAUCUUUUGCCUCGGUGGCGGGCUGCAGACGGGGGCACAGAACAUCAGCUACCUCUGGUCAGGCCGCUUCCUUGCCGGGCUGGGGGUGGGCUUCCUCGUCAUGAUCGUUCCUCUCUACCAGGCCGAGCUGGCCCAUCCCAGCAUUCGAGGGCGCAUCACGGCCCUGCAGCAGUUCAUGCUCGGUGUGGGUGCGCUUGUGGCCUCGUGGAUCUCGUGGGCGACGUUUGUCCACAUCAAAAACGACAGCGCCCAAUGGCGGGUUCCUCUUGGUCUGCAGGUUAUCCCAGCCGUCUUCCUUGGCUUCUUGAUAUUCCUGUUCCCAGAGUCUCCCAGAUGGCUCAUGGACCACGACCAGCCGGACAAGGCGUUGAAGGUCUUGGCCCAACUCCAUGCCCACGGCGACGAGAAGGAUCCCUGGGUCAUUGCCGAAUACGAGCAAGUCCAGACGUCCAUCGCCCACGAGCACCAAUACGAAGCGAAGUCGUAUCUCGAACUCUUCCGGUCUCGAUCCGCCUUCCGCCGGCUGUUCCUCUGCUGCGCCUUGCAGGCCAGCAUCCAGAUGACCGGCGUCUCGGCGAUCCAGUACUUCUCGGUCGAAAUUUACGGGCAGAUCGGCAUCUCGGGCGACAACACGCUCAAGUACCAGGGCAUCAACAGCAUCAUCGCCCUGGUCGCGCAGUUCCUAUGCAUUCUCUUCAUCGACCACACUGGUCGUCGCUGGCCGUUGAUCUACGGCAACCUCGGGAACAUGGUGACCUUCAUCGUUGCCACCAUCCUGCUGGCAAAGUUUCCUCCGGGCGUUUCAACCAACACGGGUGCCCAGUGGGGGUUUAUUAUCAUGACCUGGCUGUACAACUUCUCCUUCAGCGCGACGUGCGGGCCACUGUCCUGGAUCAUCCCGGCCGAGGUGUUUGACACGAGGACUCGAAGCAAAGGCGUGAGCAUCGCCACCAUGACCAGCUUCGCCUUCAACACGAUGAUUGGCCAAGUCACCCCCAUCGCCAUGACCAACAUCGGCUACCGCUUCUACUACCUCUUCAUUAUCUGCAACUUCACCAACGCCAUCUUCUUCUGGCUGCUGCUGCCGGAGACGGCGCGCCGGCCGCUAGAAGAGAUGAACUACCUGUUCGAGCACGCGCCGUGGGUCGUCGUCGGCGCCAGCCGCGACAGCUACGCCAGCCACGACCUGGAGAACCGGCUGCACGAGAUCGCCGCCGAGGCCGAGGUCAAGCGCGCCGGCACCGUGCUGCAUGAAGAGAAGGUCGCGCACUGA